AUGGAAGCUUCAUCUUAUUAUUCUUAUGACAAUAUUGUCCCAAAUUUUAGAUUAGAUGGUAGAUUAGCUAUAUUAACCGGUGGUUCAGGUGGUUUAGCUGCAAUUGUUGCCCGUGCUUUAUUAGCUCAAGGUGCUGAUAUUGCAUUAAUAGAUAUGAAUUUAGAAAGAACUCAACAAACUGCAAAAGAUAUAUUAGCAUGGGGAGAAGAAACAUUGAAAGGAAAACAUGAAUCACCAAUUGGUCAAGUUAGUGCUUGGUCAUGUAAUAUUGGAGAUGCUGAAAGUGUUGAAUUAACUUUUAAAGCUAUUAAUGAACAUCAUGAAAAAAUUGCUGAUGUAUUAAUUAAUUCUGCUGGUUAUGCUGAAAAUUUCCCAGCUGAAGAAUAUCCUGCUAGAAAUGCAGAAUCAAUUAUGAAAGUUAAUGGAUUAGGUGCAUUUUAUGUUUCACAAUCAUUUGCUAGACCAUUAAUUGCAAAUAACAAAAAAGGUUCAAUCAUAUUAGUUGGUUCAAUGUCUGGAACUAUUGUUAAUGAUCCACAACCUCAAUGUAUGUAUAAUAUGUCAAAAGCUGGUGUUAUACAUUUAGUAAGAUCAUUAGCUUGUGAAUGGGCUAAAUAUAAUAUUAGAGUCAAUACAUUAAGUCCUGGUUAUAUUUUAACUCCAUUAACAAGAAAUGUUAUAAGUGGUCAUGCUGAUAUGAAAGCAGAAUGGGAAUCUAAAAUACCAAUGAGAAGAAUGGCAGAACCAAAAGAAUUUGUUGGAUCAAUAUUAUAUUUAGCAUCAGAAUCUGCUUCUUCUUACACUACAGGUAUGAACCUUUGUGUAGAUGGAGGAUACCUGUGCUGGUAA